UAAGGGAUAAGACGAUGUAUAUUUAUCCCUUCUAUACCCUGUCGGAACGGGAGCCAUGUGCAUUGAAUUGAUGUUUUUGAACAUCUAAUGGUCCAAAUUCUCUUCCAUCCACUUGUCAAAAACACAGGGUACUUCGCCCACAUGCUAGAAUAUUUUUGCCCAAUUUUUAAUAGUAUUGAACAUAUCACCUUGGAGACUUGUGCUUUUAUUUGGAUAAAAAAUGUAUAGAGUUCCUUCACAAUGAUAACACACCCGCUCAAUACUCUGCUUUGACACGAAACACGACUCAGAGUCAAAGAACACAGGCUCCAUCCAUGGAUAUCGGCACUCCUUCAUGGUCUCUCUUGACAUCAGUCUUACUUGCAGCGCUAACCCUCAUCACCUUCUUCUUCUCAGCCCAUCUCCGUCGGCGGCGACCAAACCCACCACCGGGUCCAAAACCAUGGCCGAUAAUUGGAAAUCUCAACCUCAUAGGUCCUCUCCCUCACCGCUCCAUCCACUCUCUCUCCCAACAAUACGGUCCCUUAAUCCAAAUCCGUUUCGGUCCAAUCCCCGUCGUGAUCGCCUCCUCUGUUCCCAUGGCUAAACAACUCCUCAAAAUCCACGACCAAAGUUUCGCCUCUCGACCCAGAACCACAGCAGGCAAGCACACCAUGUUCAACUACACCUCCAUGACCUGGUCUUCCUACGGUCCCUUCUGGCGGCUUCUCCGGAAGAUCUACCUUACAGAGCUCUUCACCCCCAAACGCCUCGAAUCAUACGAGAAAAUUCGAAUCGAAGAAAUGGGGUUUCUUCUUAAAGGAAUCUAUAGUUCUUCCGGAAAAGAGAUCACUGUGAAAACCCAUCUUUGGAAUGCUAAUCUGAGCUUUAUAAGUCGGAUUGUAAUGGGGAAGAAGUUUUCUGAUAAGCCCAUAGUGGCGUUGGAGGAGUUCAAGAAGAUGUUUGAGGAAUUGUUCUUCUUGAAUGGGGUGAUGGAGAUUGGGGAUUAUUUUCCUUGGUUGGGUUUCUUGGAUUUGAAGGGUUAUGUGAAGCAGAUGAAGGUGUUGGGGAAGAGAUUUGAUGGGCUUCUUGAAGAGGUGAUUGGUGAGCAUGAGAUGAGGAGGAGAAGUGUGGAGGAUUUGGGAGAGAAGGAUAUGGUGGAUGUGUUGCUGCGGUUGGCUGAUGAUCCUAAUCUGGAAGUGAAGCUCGAUAGGACGGCUCUUAAGGGGAUAACGCUGGAUCUACUAGCGGGUGGUACUGAGAGCUCUGUAGUCAGUGUGGAGUGGGCUCUCUCCGAGCUCUUGAAAAACCCAGAGACUUUGAGGCGAGCAACGGAAGAGUUGGAUAGGGUGGUUGGGAGAGAAAGAUGGGUUAAAGAGGAUGACAUCCCACACCUACAAUACAUGGAUGCCAUAGUGAAGGAGACAAUGAGACUGCACCCAGUGUCACCGCUGCUCACACCGCAUCAGGCUCAAGAAGAUUGCGAAGUUGAGGGCUAUACCAUUCAAGCAGGAACCAGAGUACAUGUCAGCACAUGGACUAUAGGGAGGGACCCAAUGCUGUGGGAUGCACCUGAAGAAUUCCGUCCUGAGAGGUUCAUUGGGAAAGCGAUCGAUGUGAGGGGACAUGAUUUUGAGCUAUUGCCAUUUGGAUCGGGGAGGAGGAUGUGCCCUGGCUAUGUCCUUGGGUUAAAGAUUAUUCAGUCAUACUUGGCUAACAUCAUACAUGGGUUCCUAUGGAAAUUGCCGGAUGAAAUGCACCUUAAGGACUUGGACAUGGAUGAAGUUUAUGGUCUCUCAACACCUAAAAAGAUACCACUUGUUGCCAUUGCUGAGCCUCGACUUCCAGCUCAUCUAUAUUGUGGAUGAUCCUAUUUCAGCUUGCACAUCCUCCUGGCCUUGUUACCUAAGAAGUGCCUUGGAAGUACUCUGCUAACUGAUCAGAGGCCAGCUUGUGUAGUUUUGUAGGUAACCAGAAUCACUUUUCUAGUUUUUUUUCCCAUUACAGUUGAUAUAUUUCGAUAUAGACACUCCACUGAAUCAAAUAUAUUUUUCUGUGCUCAUC